AAGCAAGCUAAAGCUUAAGCUUAAUUACACACGUGAGCUUGACUUGCAUUUGAAGCUAAAAAAAGAAUCGGAUCAAUGGAUUGAACAACACUUCACACUUCACUUCGGUCAUCAAAAUUGAAAUGGGCAAUUCAGCCGGGGUAUGGGCAGUACUUGCAUCUUUUGCAAGACCGGGUCUAGUGGUUCCUCAUUUGAUCGUGAAUGAUAUUGGGGACGUAGAUUGGAACAAGUUACACAAAGAAGGUAAAGUGGAUCAUAUCAUAAUCGAUAAAGAUAAUUGUAUCACUUUACCUCUUCGUGAUCAAAUUGCUCCUGGCUUGGAAACGGCAUGGAGUUCACUCACAAAUGCAGAUUUUAAAUCAAUUCUCAUCGUUUCCAAUUCGGCCGGUAGUAGCGAUGAUCCUUUGGCAAUCGGUGCUGAACAGCUGGCACGAAAACUAGGACAAAGAGUUCUUGCUCAUCCUCACAAAAAGCCGGCAAUGGGAUGUGCAAAGCAAGUGGUAGAUGUAUUGAGCUCAGAGGGAGAAGACGUGGGAAACAUAGCAGUAGUAGGAGAUCGGAUAACAACGGACAUCGUUUUGGCAAAUCGAAUCAAUAAAGUAUUGAAGAGGAGAAAGAUAAAUUCUCAGUCUAUCGGAGUGCUAACAACGGGUGUUUUAGAACCUGAAAGGCUGGCAACACGAACGAUGCGAGGGAUGGAAAUGUGGAUUCUAGAUCGAUUGAUGAGAAUUGGAAUAGUACCUGGAGCAACCUGGUUUACAAAAAAGUCACCAGAAUCGCUCGAGAGAUGGUCAAACGUGAUCAGAAUACAAGAUGAUGCACCAGCUGUAGCUGAAUUAAAUGCCGAACAAGAAGCAGCAGAACAAAGACCGAUGAAUCCUGAAAUACCGCCGAUGUCCUUGGUAGAUCGCGUAAGAAAUCUACCAAAUGCUGCUACAGUAGGCAUAAUGACAAUGUCAGGGAAAGCAAUCAACUUCUUGGGUCAAGGUUGGCAUUUGAUUAAUGAUGGAAUACGAAUUGGUACAAAAGGACAGAUUGGUGGUACAUUAUCGGAUGUCACUUUGCCACGGAAUCGACAUAUAGCUUUGGAGAAGCUCUCUAAACGACCGUAUCCAUCCUCUCCUGAACAUAACCCUUUCACUUCGCCUCGGAUACCAUCGCUGAAGGAAAAGAUUGAUGAAAUACGCACGGAUCGGAUUGGCAAACGACAAUACUCUACACGUGCAAAGCCCCCUCCUUCACCUGUGCAGCCUGGCAAGCCUCGACCUCGAUUGCAUACAGCGGCCUAUUUUGCCGCAUUGAUUUUGCUGCCUACAUGCUGGUUCGGAGGGAUGGCAUUACACGAAUAUUUGGAUAUGAAGAGAGAGAUGCGAGAAGCAGGUUCUGGUGAUUUGAAAGAUGGUGUCUUGCCAAGAGCACCACCAAUCGCAGGAGGAAUACCGAAUGCGCAAUCUGUUCCUUCUCUGGUAAAUGCUAAACCGGUGCCGAGUUUAAACGAACAAAACAAAACCUCUUCUGCACAACAUGAAACGUUGCUUUUGCGCACUGAACGCUUGCAUCUCUCUCGUCAAUUGGAUGACAUCGAUGAGAAGUUGACGAGAAUCAGAGAGAGAAGACGACCAAGUCAAAAUACACCGGACGUACGAGCAGCUGGAUCUGGCUAGAAGAUGAGUUUCAGUGUUACAUACCCUCCUUCCCCCUCUCACACGCACAUGUACAUUAAACAAAUGAUCAACGGAAAUUAAAUGUAUAGUCUAUCG